CAGCCUGCGUUUUGGUUGUGAGUCUCCGGUUCUCUCUCCAACCAUGGGCCUGGAACUCUACCUGGACCUGCUGUCCCAGCCCUGCCGAGCCAUCUAUAUCUUCACCAAGAAGAAUGGCAUAACCUUCCAGCAGCACACUGUGGAACUGCUCAAAGGCCAGCACCUCAGUGAUGCCUUUGCCCAGGUGAACCCCCUGAAGAAGGUGCCAGCCAUGAAGGAUGGGGACUUCAUCUUGACUGAGAGUGUGGCCAUCUUGCUCUACCUGGCACAUAAAUAUAAGGUUUCAGACAACUGGUACCCUCAGGACCUGCAGGCCCGUGCCCGUGUGGAUGAGUACCUGGCAUGGCAGCAUACAACCCUGAGGAGAAACUGCCUCCGGGCCUUGUGGCAUAAGGUGAUGUUACCUGUCUUCCUGAGGGAGCAAGUAGCUCCAGAGAUACUAGCAGCCACUCUUGCAGAAUUGGACAUGACUUUGCAGUUGCUUGAGGACAAGUUCCUCCAGAACAAAGCUUUUCUUGCUGGGAACUGCAUUUCCCUGGCUGACCUGGUAGCCAUAACGGAACUGAUGCAUCCUGUGGGUGCUGGCUGCCAAGUGUUUGAAGGUCAUCCAAAGCUGGCUGCGUGGAGUCAGAGAGUGAAGGCAGCAGUAGGGGAGGAACUCUUCAGGGAGGCUCAUGAGGUCAUCCUGAAUGUUAAGAACUGUUCUCCUGCCAACCUCACCUUAAAGCAGAAAAUGAUGCCUGGGGUGCUGGCCAUGAUCCGCUGAGCUCAGAAAUCUCACCCACCCCUGCAUUGCCCAUGGCAGUCCAUUGUCCCACAAAAGUGACUUGCUCUGUUGAACUGCACCUUGAUCCUCCAGGCCAAGAUUCCAUGCCCAUCCCCAAGGCUGUCUGAAAGCCAUAAUAACAGCUCACAUCCAGAUCUUAGAUCACUGAACUUCUUUUUAAGUUUGAGUAAUAAAUCUGGGCACAGCCCAUACCUCUG